AUACAUGUAUAGUUAAUUGUUAAUAGUUAAAUUGUUAUGGUGUAUACCACUAGCACAAAAAAUAAUUUUGUUUUGUUCUUUGACAUAUGUUUUUUUGUGUGCAUCAUACUAAUAGUUAUUGUAUAAUAAAACUAUCAUUAAUAUAAUGUUAACCAAAUUCAAAAAUCAAAUAUAUACAAUGGCUUGUCCAUUCAUGUCUAAACUACCUUCAAAUUAUGUUAAAAAUUAUGUGUCUAGUUUAAUCAAAACAUAUGGCCAAUCUUGUCCUGUAGCAUCCAGAUUCUUAAAUAUAGGAUCACCUACAUAUGGGGCAAUAGAAGAACAAAAUCAAACUUUAGAGGAUAAUAAAAAGUGUCCAUUUUUAGAAGAAGUUCAUUCAAAGGCUGUUAAAAAAAUUAGUAAGGAAAUAAAAGAAGAUAUAAUAGAACCCAAAACUGAAACAGGGACUAUUUAUAACUAUGAGCAAUUUUUUCAUGAACAAAUAAUGCGCAAAAAAAUGGAUCAUUCAUACAGAAUUUUCAAAAAAGUUAAUAGGUUAGCAUUAAAUUUUCCAUUUGCUGUUGAGUAUUCAGGAAAGGAAAAGCCAGUGACAGUUUGGUGUUCAAAUGAUUAUUUGGGUAUGUCCUGCCAUCCUACUGUAAAAAAAUCAGUUAGAGAAACAUUAGAAAAGUAUGGGUCUGGUGCUGGUGGUACUCGUAAUAUAUCUGGUAAUUCUAUGUUCCAUGAAAAUUUAGAAAAGGAUUUGGCAUCUUUACACAAAAAAGAAGCAGCAUUAUUGUUUACUUCUUGUUUUGUUGCUAAUGAUUCUACAUUAUAUACAUUAGGAAAAAUGAUACCAGAUGUUCACAUAUUUUCUGAUUCUGGAAAUCAUGCGUCAAUGAUUCAAGGAAUACGGAACUGCGGUGCUCCAAAACACAUAUUUCGUCAUAAUGACCCUAAGCAUUUAGAAGAACUUUUAAUGUCUGUUGAUCCAAAUGUUCCAAAAAUUGUUGCAUUUGAAACUGUUCAUUCUAUGACAGGUGCUAUAUGCCCCCUUGAAGAACUUUGUGAAGUAUCUCAUAAAUAUGGUGCAUUGACUUAUGUGGAUGAAGUUCAUGCUGUUGGCUUAUAUGGUGAUCAUGGAGCAGGCAUUGGGGAACAGCGUAAUCAAAUGCACAACAUGGACAUUAUCUCUGGAACUUUAGGAAAAGCAUUUGGAAAUGUUGGAGGAUAUGUUGCUAGUACAAGCAACUUUAUAGACAUGAUACGUAGCUAUGCAGCUGGUUUCAUAUUCACUACAUCAUUACCUCCGAUGGUGUUAGCUGGUGCUCGUUCAGCAAUUAGUGUGUUAGGUUCAGAGGAAGGUAGAUUACUUAGAAAAAAACAUCAAGAUAAUGUACGUUAUCUUAGACAAAAGUUGUGUUCUGCUGGUUUGCCAGUGGAGUCUACUCCUUCACAUAUUAUUCCAAUUAAAAUUGGAAAUGCUAGUUUAUGUUCAAAAAUUUCGGAUAUGUUACUCCAAGAAAAAGGCCAUUAUGUUCAAGCAAUUAAUUACCCUACUGUACCAAUUGGUCAAGAAAAACUGAGAUUAGCACCAACUCCUCAUCACACAACUGAAAUGAUCGACAAAUUAGUGGAUGACAUGCUUGUUAUCUGGAUGAAAUUAGGAAUACCAAUUAAAACAACUUGCAAUAUGUGCAAAAAAGAAGCAAUGUGUGGAAAGAUCAGAGAUAGUAUUCAGAAUAACUGUCGUAUUACUAUUGAAUCAUGUUUGAUUCCUAAUUGUUACCAAUUAAUUAGAGCUACAGUUUAGAAUAGUUUAUUCUAGUUGCAUAUAUAUACUACAAUAAUACAAAUUUUAAGGUUUAAAAAUAAAAUAAAGAACUUAAAGUAAAGUAGUUCUCUAUAUUCAGGUUAUUGGGAAUAAUUUUGGUUUAGGAAUAUAUUUGUUACUAAAUAAUUCAUUAAAAAUAGUAGAAUAUAAAUUGUUAUUAUAAUUAUUUUUUCUUUAUUAUUUUCAAUUUGUUAUUAUAAUAUAGAAAUUAUAUUAUUUGUCUUGUUGUCUCUUAUGUUACCAGGAAUAUUUUUAGUGAAUAAAUCUUUUUUGAUUUGUUUAUUUUUUACCAUUUUUUUUUAUAAUGAUCAAAUGUUUUUAAAUAAAAAUAUGUUGUAAUUUUAAUAUAUGUAUCUAUUAAUAAACCUACAUAAAUAUGUAUAUUACGUUUUUAAGACAAUAACCAAAUAAACUGAAAUAGUUAUUUA